GAGAGAGAGAGAGAGAGAGAGAGAGAGCUCCGUCUCUCCUGGUGCACUUGGCAGUCUAGUUGCGGGCUGCUGUGCUGUUGCUGUCGUGGCGUGGCUGGUCGCGCCAGGCGGGGAACUUCACCACACUGGAGCCCGGAGUCCCACUCUCUCACCUGCGCAGUUCGGAGCUGCCAUGGGUCUCUCGCCUGGAUUUACUGUCCUAAUAAUUCUGCCGGCCUUUCUGCUGCACACAAGCGGCCUCUACAUCGCCAGUAGCGUUGACUCCCUGCAGCAUGUACUGGGGGAGUAUGGACUGGUGAGGCCAAUCAGUGUGGAUGCAGAGGGCCGCUUCCUGUCACACGCAGUUUCGGCUGACCAUAUGGCAGGAGGGCAGUCCCGUAGGCGCUGGAGGAGGGAGGUAGGAGUAGGCGAUGGUGAGUGGGAAGGACCAAGGGGAGUCGAGGAGGACCAAGAUCCCAAGGCCCGUCGGGAAAGACUUUACUACAAUGUCACCAUCUUCGGCCGGGAGUUCCACCUGCGCCUGCGCCACAAUGCCAGGCUGGUGGCCCCCGGAGCCAAGAUAGAGUGGCGUGAUGACAGCGACAGCACUCGGCACACUGAGCCACUGCAAGAUGAAUGCGUGUACGUGGGUGACAUCACAGACACGCCAGGAGCCACUGUGGCCAUCAGCAACUGUAACGGCCUGGCUGGUAUGAUCAGGACGGGCCAAGAGGAGUUUUUUAUUGAGCCAGUGGAGAGGGAAGACGGCGCGAUGGAAGAUGAGGAGAGAGGAGGAAGGACUCACGUUGUCUAUCGCUCCUCGGCUGUAAAGAAAGUGCCCGUCAACAGUGCGGCAGCAGACUACCACUCCCGAGGUGCUGAUCUCGGAGGUCUGAUGGAGCUGGAGUCUCUGUACCGAGGUGUGGAGCAGAGUAUCAACCACACGCGAGCCGGGCGGACACGCAGACAGAGCCUGGACAGGGCCUACAACAUCGAGGUGCUGCUCGGCGUUGACGACUCAGUGGUCCAGUUUCAUGGGAAGGAGCACGUCCAGAAGUACCUGCUCACGCUCAUGAACAUCGUGAAUGAGAUCUACCAUGACCAGUCUUUAGGAGCAAAGAUCAACGUGGUGCUGGUGCGGAUUAUCAUGCUGGGCUACGGCAAGUCCAUGAGUCUGAUUGAACUGGGGAACCCAUCUCAGAGUCUGGAAAAUGUGUGUCGCUGGGCCUUCCUGCAGCAGAAGCAGGACACAGGAGAUGCUGAGUAUCAUGACCACGCCAUCUUCCUCACUCGUCAGGAAUUUGGCCCCACGGGAAUGCAGGGUUACGCCCCAGUGACAGGCAUGUGCCAUCCCGUGAGAAGCUGCACUUUGAACCACGAGGACGGUUUCUCCUCUGCCUUUGUGGUGGCACACGAGACUGGACACGUGCUGGGGAUGGAGCACGAUGGCCAGGGGAACCGCUGUGGAGAUGAGGUGCACAUGGGCAGCAUCAUGGCUCCACUGGUGCAAGCUGCCUUCCACCGCUUUCACUGGUCCAGAUGUAGCAUGCAAGAGCUGGGGCGCUACCUUCACUCCUAUGACUGUCUCCGUGACGACCCCUUUGACCACAACUGGCCGUCACUGCCUCAGCUCCCCGGUCUGCACUACUCCAUGAACGAACAGUGCCGCUUUGACUUCGGCGUGGGCUACACGAUGUGCACCGCGCUACAAAAGGCGGGCCAGUCAGGAACGCAGUAUCGCACAUUUGACCCAUGUAAGCAGCUGUGGUGUAGCCACCCAGACAAUCCCUUCUUCUGCAAGACCAAGAAAGGACCACCCAUUGAUGGCACCACGUGUGGAAAUGGGAAGCACUGCUUUAAGGGUCACUGCAUCUGGUUGACCCCUGACAUCAUAAAGCAAGAUGGAAACUGGGGUUCUUGGAGUGAGUUCGGCCAGUGCUCCCGCACAUGUGGGGGAGGAGUACAGUUUCGCACACGUGACUGUGACAAUCCAAGACCAGCCAACGGGGGCCGUACCUGUAUAGGGGCGACUUACCAGUUUCAGAUAUGCAACUCCAAUGAAUGUGAGGAUCUCUACAGCGACCUGCGAGAGGAGCAAUGCCACGCUGCAGACCCUCGCUUUGAACUCCACAGCAACAAGCACCACUGGCUGCCUUAUGAACACCCCGACUCUAACAAACGCUGCCACCUGCACUGCCAAACCAAGGACACUCGAGAUGUGGUCUUCAUGCAGAGGAACGUGUUGGACGGCACGCGCUGCUCAUACAAGGACCCGUACAGUGUGUGUGUGCGUGGAGAGUGUGAGAAAGUGGGCUGUGACAAUGUGGUCGGCUCCUCGAAGCAGGAGGACAAGUGCGGCGUGUGUGGCGGCGACAACUCCAGCUGCAAAACCUUCAAAGACACUAUCACACGUACAGCCAAGAAACAAGGCUUCCUGAAAAUGCUCGAAAUCCCAAGAGGAGCGAGACACCUGCUGAUCCAGGAGCUGAAAGCGACUUCACACAUUUUAGCUGUGAAGAACGUGGCAUCGGGACUGUUAUUUUUAAACGGUGAAAAUGAAUACCCAGAAUCCCACUCGGUCAUCGAAAAGGGCGUGGAGUGGGAAUAUGAGAACGACGAUGACAAAGAGACCCUUCAGACAACUGGCCCUCUCAGACAUGGGAUUCUUGUCAUGAUGAAGUUGCAUGGAGACGAGGACGUGAAUUUGUCUUAUAAGUACAUGAUGAACAUGGACAGUGACUCCCCCAUUCAGAACAACAUGCUGGUAGAAGACAGUGCCUACGAGUGGGCCCCAAAAAGAUGGUCCUACUGCUCCAAGCUCUGUGGUGGAGGGAAGCAGUACCUGCGAUAUGGUUGCAGAAGGAAAGUUGACAGCAAGAUGGUCCACAAGAGCUUCUGUAACAAGUCCAACAUGAAGCCGAGAGGAGACACCAGAGACUGCAACCAGAAGCCCUGCCCUCCACCCAUCUGGGUGACAGGGGAGUGGCAGAACUGCAGCAAACCAUGUGGAAAGACGGGCUUGCAGAUCCGCUCAGUCAGCUGUGUCCAGCCUUCAGAUGACAACUCCACCCGCCCCAUCCACAACAAACACUGCAACGAUGACCGGCCCGAGUCUCGCAGGUCCUGCAACAGACAUCAGUGUCCCACCCAGUGGAGAGUCGGCCCCUGGUCGCAGUGCUCAGUUACAUGUGGCAAUGGGACCCAGCAGAGACAGGCUCUGUGCCACACCAGGGACAACACCAUCGGCCUCUGUCUGGACAGUAAGCCAGACACCAUCAGAGUCUGUCGCUUGGAUCCAUGUCCCAAGGGCUCAUCGGACCUCAACAAGAAUGGCAACAUCCUGAUCCAGUGGCUGUCCCGCCCCAACCCCAGCUUCCCGAAGACCUCCUUACGCCAGCGUUGUCAUGGAGACCGCUCCAUGUUCUGUCGUAUGGAGUCGCUGAAACACCACUGCUCUCUGCCGGACUAUCAACGCAUGUGCUGCAAGUCCUGCAGCAGAUUCACCCACACAGAGCCUCCACCAAACCCCACCUCCAGAUCCAUCCACGUCACCACUAUCCACCCCAGCAUCAGAGCUCCACCCACUGGCACCGUCAGCUCUGGUUUCACCACCAUUCAACCCACUACGCCUGUCAUCACCACACUUUCAUCCUCUACCACCAGCCCCUGGACCAUCACCCACCCUCCUGCCUUCAGCUCUCCUCUUCCUAAUUCUACUCCAACCUCAUUCAGAACCACAGACAUGAUCGCAAGCCAUCUAUCAUCCGUCACCUUUUCCAUAACAACCGCCUCGGUUUCUACCACCUCUCCCAGUACUGCUCGUCCACAGCCUCUGCCUGUUCCUGACAUGGACGAAAGCACAGAUACACAGUUGCAGAGCACUACAGAGUACUAUAGUCUAACAACAUCUGGUUUGAUAACUAACACAGAGUUCGCUGCAGCCACCAGCUCAACUAACUCAAAUCCAACAGAAUGUAGCUCAAAAACAGAUGCCCCAAUAAAAUCCAAGCCCAAAAAGAAUAUUCCUCCAAAGGAAACCUCCAAAAAGGUGAUUCCACCAAAGAUCAACCCAAAAAAGAAUAUGGCACCAAAAAAUACUACAAGAAAAGAUGUCCCAGCAAAGAUCAAUCCAAAGAAGAAAACGUUAACACCAAAAAAGACUCCUCCAGAAAAAGCUACUCCCAAAAACAAUCCUCCAUCAAAUACUCCUCCAAAAAAGACUCCUACAGAAAAGGCUACUCCCAAAAAGAAUCCUCCAUCAAAUACUCCUCCAAAAAAGACUCCUCCAUCAAAUACUCCUCCAAAAAAGACUCCUCCAGAAAAGGCUACUCCCAAAAAGACUCCUCUAGAAGAAGUUACACCCAAAAAGACUUUGAAAAAGAUUCAUCUAGAAAAGUCAACUCCCAAAAAAGGCAUUCAGCCUAAGACAAAAGUGACAAAGCUUCCAACCAACAAAAAUAAUCCAAAGCAAGGGCCCAAAAAGGCCUUAGAAACCAAGGUUAAUCUGAAUAAGGACAAAGUAAAAAAGACAAAUUCAAAAAAGAAAACACCAAAUAAAGUGAAAGAAAUUUCUCAUUACACCCCAACUCCCUCUCCAUAUUCAAGUCAAGCACCGUCAACGGAGUACUUUACUUCAACGAUAUCGUCCAGCACAACUGUGUUUAAUCCAUCGCCUUUUCCCACUUCCAGAGUGAAUGUCACCUUCAUCAGUAACAGCACAGCAGUCACAGAGGAGACUCCACUCUGGUACGAUGACAUCACUGGGGCCGUAACGCCCGCCAUAUUUGAUGGUCUCCAAACGUCCACUGGUACCAUGAAGUCUGAGCUUACGGUGCCCAGUGGAACCGUGUUGUCCCCUGGUGAUGUCACAGUCACCAGUGGAACCAUGUUGUCCUCUGGUGAUGUCACAGUCACUAGUGGAACCAUGUUGUCCCCUGGUGAUGUCACAGUCACCAGUGGAACCAUGUUGUCCUCUGGUGAUGUCACAGUCACCAGUGGAACCAUCCUCAGUGGCGAUGACAUCACAGUGUCUUACAGUAAUGUGGCCGCGAUCAGUGACACUAUUUUGCUGGAUGACGGCCUCACCAUGGUGAUCCCGACCAUCGCCAAUGAGGAUAUGGUAGAUCUUGCCUCCUCACCCUGGCUUGACCUGUCCGAGUACAUCCCUGUGAGCGUCGCUACGGCGACCCCAGACCCCGUCGCCGCACAGACGACAGAAAAACCACCCGUUACAACCACCACAGGCUCUACUCUGGGACCUCUGGGAAGAGCCGAGGAGAACAGCGACAAUAACUCCAUCGACAUUUUGCUCAACAGGAUCAUUGCGGACAGCGAUAUCUCUCAGAGCAACCUGAUCCCAAAGCGCCGGAUCAACCUCCGAGAGAGAACCAAGAACAAACGCAUUCAGGAGCUUCUGGAGGAGAAGCGAAACUUUCUCCUUCGGAUGAAGAGAGGCCACGCUGCAUGAUACACCAAGCCUUCUCAUUUCUCUUCUCUUAUAGAGAUUAACUUUGUGUUUCCAAACCCCUCUGAGACCUUUUCAUCAGGCCUUUCCGCAAAGACAAACUCUGUCAGAUCACAUUCAUUCAGACUAUUAGACCUGCUGCAAAGAGAGAAUACCAUGAUCAAAUGUUGACAGAUCACAGACGAAUGCAGAUUUUAAACACAACGAUGACAAACCAGGAGAAAUGAAACCUCCAUCUUUGACCAGCACUAAAGCCAAGCUUUAAUCCCUGUAAGCUACCUAGACUCUUGUUGGAGGAUUCACUCCAAGGGUGAUUUAGAUAAGAUAGAAUGCAGUUUGUAAAAUGUAAAAUGACAUUAUCUGGACUGGCACAAAAUCUACAACCUAGAUUUCAAAUCUCCAUGUGAUAUGUUAUUUCAUAUUCCAGCCCAGGACUGCAGCACACCCAUAUGAACAGCUACUGUAGCACAAAAUGCAAAUGUUUCCUUGUUAAGUGGCCAGUAAUCUGAAUACUAAACGCACACACUGCAAACUGUGUAUAAUCUGAAUACUAAACGCACACACUGCAAACUGUGUGUAAUCUGAAUACUAAACGCACACACUGCAAACUGAAGCUUUUGUAGGCCUGACAUCACUACGGUCACACCAAAACAAUCAGAACUUUAGUUUCAUUUUGGUUUAAUUGCAUUGGGGAAAUUUACACUCUUUUUCAGAGCCGUCUGGUGAGGGACGUUACCAAAAACCUGGUGCUCUGUGGAUUUUCGAUUCUAUAUUUUGUCACUUUUCCAUCAUGUGUUCCUGUAUGUAUGUAUGUAUGUAUGUACAAAAAAGUAAAGUAAGCCUGUUUGUAUCAACUGUAUCCACAUGGAAGCUUCGAGGGUCAGUAUAUUUCUUUAUAAAGGUUUCUUUACUGGUUCGUCUCUAACUUGCAGCAACUGCAAAAGGAUCUUCCUGUACAAUAUAUGUACAUAUGAAAAAGAACGUGAUGUUUAAUAUUUAUUAAAGUUUAAGCGCCUGUGGAAUUUUGCAAA